AUUUCUGCCAGCAUCGAGGGAGAUGUGGUGCUACAACGCCGUGAUAGCCGACGCCCGUGUGCCCUCGGCCACUGACCUCCAGGCCAGCUGCAGCAUCCUCAGCCCAGAGCUGGCACUGCCCGCCGGCUCCCACGCCACCACCACCCGCUCCCACGGAGCCCUGCACAUACUGGGUAUAAUCAGAAUGAUGAUACAAAUAUUACGGACCUCUUUCUGUGAGGAUUUACUGAGGAAUCAUAGUGUAGCAGGUCCCUGGUCAUAUUCGCUGGGAACAAAAUGGAAACGAGCAGGCUGAAAUGGGGAGGGACUACCUGAACUUGUCCAAUAAGGAACGCUUGUUUUUUGUUUUCCGUUGCAAUACAUUUUCUUACUUUUUUCAAUGGUGUGCACUAAUGAAUAUGGUCCUGAUUUUAAGCCUGUACUGAUUUAAGCAGAAUCGACUUAUUCAACAAUGCCGUAGUAUAAGGGUUUACUAUUUGUUUCUGAUUUGGCUAGGAGGGCAUUCUAGAGUGGACAUUACAUUUAGGUAUACGGGACAGUUGGAAAAGAUAUAGGACACCUCUGAAGUAGUGCUAACAAUAUGCAAAUUUUUACCGUUCUAAACCAUUACAUCAUGCAGACCGUACUUGCUACAAAGUUAAAGAAAGCUAAACCAACAACCAAACAAACAGAAAUUGGAUACAUUGUAAACGGAGGUCCAAUGAGGGAAAACUAGCUAGCAUUCAUUUGUUUUUGUAGAGAUUGCAUUAAUUUCUCAGGUCUGUCAAUUUUGCAGUCAUGAUGCAAGUGGUGCUAUGCUGUCAAAUCCUCCCACAUGUUUCUAGUUUGAACAGCUGUUUUCAGCAACUGCUAUUGUUGAAUUCGGUUGUCAUAUUGGCAGAUUUGCUAACAGACUAUUUAGCUAGCUUUUAGCCUAGUGUUCGAUAUGCAAUGUGAUUUCCUCUACUGUAAUGAACAGUGUGUCUGGACGAGACAGCAACUAUUCUAAACCAGGCAAAAUUGCGCAUCAUCAGCUUAUUGUUAUUUAUGUAUUCAAAUAAAUGUCACUAAAAAAACUGCUAAAACAAACGCAGAUGCUGCUACAUUGCAGUCAUUCUGGCUGCACUGUUUGACGUGACUGUGUUAACCAUAGUUUGGUAGCUAGCUAGCAAGCAAGGGAUAGGAAUGUUGCAUAAGUAUAACAUAGAUCAGAACAAAAAUAAUUAUCAACUGGGUCGUAUCUCUCUGGCAACCUAACCGAUAGAACUAAAACGACCAGCUUUGGUAUGAAGUAUGAACUUAUCAAAAUGAAAAUAUCAAAUCAAAUCACAUUUUAUUUGUCACAUGCACCGAAUACAACAGGUGUAGACCUUACAGUGAAAUGCUUACUUACCUUAACCAACAAUGCAGUUUUAAGAAAGAAUACCAAAAGGAUUCACGAAAAAAUACGAAAUAAAAGUAACAAAUAAUUAAAGAGCAGCAGUAAAAAUAACAAUAGCGAGGUUAUAUAUAUCAAUGAAAACAUGUAAUUUCUACUGAUAAAUGUGUGCUUUAGUAUUGUUUUCUUUGGCAACCGUGGUAUAAGCGGGAUAAACGCCUCCGCUCUGUACAAUUAUUUUGGAACUAAUGAACUCCGCUCCGCGUCGUCCAUACCAUAUUGUACAUUAUUUUCAAGAAAAUAUAAACUUUAUGCGUUUAUCCCUUACAUAUGUUGUCCGUGUUGGCCAGGAAAUACACAGUCAGCUAUUUGAUUCGUACUCUUUUACUAUUUGCCUCAGUAUUUACAUUUAACAUGGCUCUGGCAGCUCAGUGUAUCAAUGCAACUAUUGGCCAAAUGUAUGUUGCUUGAUAUCAGUUGUCCCGGACUUGUCACUCUGCUGUCACUGUCUCUCUUACUCCUUCCCUCUCUCGCUCCUCUAAAGCACUUUAUUUUGACAUAAUUUUAUUUUGACAGCUAUUGAAAAUGCCUUUAGUACUUAGUGUUAGAUCUUAUUUAUUUAAUCUUAUUCUCUCAGGGCAUAGGAACAUUAUACAUGUGCAUACUUGCAGAAAGGCCUAGUUAUAAGAAAAGCAUUAUUAUUCUGUACCACUUUAGCACAGUGCUAUGAUAGCAGUACUUCCAAGCUCUUAUAAAAAGCACAGCAAAAAUAGACAAAACAAUAAACAGAGGUUUCCAUUCGUCUGAUGAAUGUCCCCUGUGUGUGUUGUGAACAGGUUGCCUGGAUACGCUGGCGACCAUGCAGGAGCUGAAGAUGGGUGUGACCAGCACAGAGGAGGAGACUCAGGCCGUUAUGAAGGUCUACUCCAAAGAAGACUACAGCGUGGUCAACCGCUUUGAGAGUGAGUCCUCAGUCCACACACAAACAUUCACACAUGGGAUUUUUCCCGAUGACUAACAGGAAAUCAUGGUUUUCAUUUCUCAUCUUCUACAGUAUUUGUCACACUCAGCUAUUUCUCUUAUCCCCUUUUCUCUUAUCCCCUUUUCCUGAUUUUGGUUUGAUUAAUUGAUUUACAUGAAAUUCCAGCCAGAGACAAUAUACUUAUAUAUAUUACAUAUACUUCAUCACCAGUGAUACAUUAAAAACGUGCCAAUUCAAGCUCUGAUUAAUUCAAGGAUUAUUAUACAAAUUAUUAUAAUUCAGGGUUGCAUUAAUUCAAGGAUGCUUUAGGAAGUAUUUGAACAGCAGAGCACCUUGUACUCUACUAUAUGUUCAUAUGGCAUAUUGCAGUGACUGGGCACUUCUAGGACCACCCAUACGUAAAAAUGUAUGCACGCAUGACUGUAAGUCGCUUUGGAUAAAAGCGUCUGCUAAAUGGCAUAUUAUUAUUAUUAUUAGUAAAACUAACCUCAUUGUAUUGUUAUGAGUACAGAUGAUGAUGCUGCAGAGCUGACUUAUCGCAACUUCCUAUGUAAUGUCAUAGGUCACGGGGGUGGCUGGGGUUACUCGGCCCACUCGGUGGAGGCUAUCCGCUUCUGUGCUGAUGCGGACAUCCUGCUGGGGGGGCUGGGCCUGUUCGGGGGCCGUGGGGAGUACACCGCUAAGAUC